GAUUGGGAUUUGAACCUACCGAAAAAGAAGCAUUCAUCAAUGCUGAAAUCAAAGAGCUUCAAAUUAAAGCUUCUAACUAUACUUAUUUAGUAUUAAAACCAAAGACUCUAUAUAAGAAGGAACAAACUUUAACUACACUACUUGAAAUUGAGACAGCUAAACACCAUGUUUCUAAAGCUAGAAUUCUUUUUGCUAACAACCCAUAUGAAUUAAAUGAACUUAGAACAGAUGCCACUAUUAAUGAUAGAGUCUUAGUAUUGGAAUCUGUGCUAAGAAAAUAUUAUCUAGAUACAGAUUUUUUCGCCGAACUAAAUUAUAUAGUUCAGAAAAAUAAAAAAUUUAUAGAGAAUAAGGAAUUGCGUAGGAUUGAUGAAAAAUUGGUAUAA